UUAACGGAUCUUGCUUUGUAGUCUCUCUAAUUCAAUCAAUGGCAGAGAUUGGAACAACUAGAAUGCCGAAUCACCAGAGGAAGAAGAUCCUGAAUAGAGACCAAGCAAGCCAUGCUAUGAGCUUCUCCAAGCGAACGAAAACCUUGAAGAAGAAAGCUCACGAGCUUCAGACACUGUGUGAUGUCAAGAUUUGCAUGGUCUGUUUUGGUCCUGACAGCACCGUCCAGACAUGGCCAGAGGGUGCUGUGGAGGUCAAGGAUGCAAUCAUGUCCUACAAAGGACUCGGUGAUAGAAAAAAAUACGAGAGCAGCCUCUUGGGUUAUUUGCAUGAUAAAAAGAUGAAGCUUGAAGUCAAGAAACGGAAGGUGAUGAAGAAGAAGGUUAAUAAAGAGCUCAUUGUCAAGUGGUCCGAUCAUGUUGAUGGGUUAUCUGAUGAUGCUUUGAGGGACACAGUUAACACUUUAGAGUCUAGAUUGUUUGAUUUGAAAGAGAAAAUAAAGUUAUGCAUGCAGAGGGAUAAGGUAGAGGCAAUUCAAGAUCAUGUUGAUAUGGAAUUUGAGAUGGAUGGAUCAUCCGUUCCUAGCAGUGCUGCUGGUGCAACUGCCUGGCCAGCAGACGUCAUGGAUACAAACAUCAACGUUGUGGAAACUGUUGGUAAUAAUGACAAGGAUGCAGCUUCCACCAGCUUUGAGAUGCCACCACUACCAAAAGAUUCAAGUGACUGGAUGGAGAGUUUACGUAACUGGAUGGAGAAUGAUGAAGCCUAUCAGCAUGGUUUUGAAAAUGAUGAUUGGUUUAAUGAGUGGGAAGCAUGAGAAGCAAAACAACAAUAUGAUGAUUGUCAGCUGUAGUAGUUUUUGGCUUUCUUUUUUAAUGUUAAGAUGUAUAUAGAUUCUAUACUACUAAUUCUGCAACUCAAAGGUCUACUGAAAAUUCACUGCAAACAACAAUU